AUGACUAAAGAAGAAUUGAAGACUGAAGCUGAGUCUAACACCGAGACCAGCACCGAGACCAGCACCGAGACCAAAGCUGUGGAGGAGAAGACCAAAACCGAGACUAAGAGUGAGGACACCACUGAGGCUGAACCCAAGAAGGAAGAAGGUGAACCCAAGGAACAAGGCGAAACUUCAACCACCACCACCACCAAGAGAAACAUAGACUCCGAAACCUCUUCCAAAAAGAAACAUAAGAAGAGAAGAAGAAACUACGAAGACGAUUUGCCCAAGGAAUCCGAAGAGAAAACCGUAGCCAAAGACUCGGAAGACAGUGACGAAGGGAAUGAUGAAGAAUUGGUUGAAGAAGAUGAAGAUGAAGACUUGAAUGAAAUUGAUGUUUCCAAUAUCAUCACUACUGGCCGGAGAACAAGAGGCAAGGUGAUUGAUUUUGUAGCUGCCAACAAGGCAAUUGAAAAGGAAGGUCUGGUUCGUGAAGAAGAUGAUGACGGAGAUUUCGAUGAAAAAGUUUAA